UGGGGAGUGUCGUGAUCAUGAAUAUGCAUUAGCUUGAACUUUCCGGAAAUGGUACAAACACACCCGGACGAAUCACCUGUAAUUUAACCAGUUCAAGCGGAACAAGGACAUAUGAUUAUGAAUGUAUGCCGUUUCAGAAGUGAUUAAUGUCAACGUAAUGUUUAGGGGUAUUCUUUGAAGUCAUUUGAUAAACUACAAGGAAAGCAGAAACGGCGAACUCGCUCACGCUGCACACGAUCAUCACGAAGCAACUGUACGGUCCCACGUCCUGAUAUCUGUAUUGUAGACCAUACUAAAUUUAAUCGACUUUGAGGGGGAAGACAGGAAAGCGUUGCCAUGGAUUUUGGAUCCUCCCACAUUUUCACUGAGGUGGGAUCGGACACAGAGGAGAUCACAGCCGCUGACCUCCAAGCCCAAAAUGGCAUUUAUCAACCACUAGGAUCAACAUGGGCCCCGCAAGGAAACGCUGUCAGCCAAGCCAAUGAAGAGGAACAGGGCUACGAUCAUCUUGCUAGUUUUAAACCAGAAGGUGAUGGUGGUGUGCUGUAUGACAACUUUAUGGGAGAUAUGAAGGGAGGACGAGCAGGAGCAGGCAAUGAACCGAUUUACGAUAACAGAAGUCCCCAGAAGGCAUCGACCAAAAGCAGUGACUACGCCAAACCUUAUGACUACCUGAAGCGCCAGAGUCACCCCUAUGAAUAUGCUGGUCCUGGGUCGUUUAUUGGUAGCGCCCCUCCCCCUCUACCCCCGAUGAGGAAGAAGGAAGGAGCAGCUGACCCCAUGGAUGAGCCCACCUAUGAAGCCUUCCGUGAAGGAGAGUAUCAGUCUCUUCUGAGAAACGCCUCAUCUAAGAUUCGUCGAGCUGAUACUAACAUUGUUGCGGUAAAGUUUGAUAAGCUGGUACAGGCAGAGAGCCCCGUGACGGGGUCACCAGUCUUCUGUGGUAGCUGUGGAGCUGCCAUGUCGCAUCUCAGUAAAAUAUCACAGUUGUACUCAGGAAAGUUCUGGAUCUGUGAGUUCUGUGAGCAUGAGAACCCUGCUGCUGAUGGUACAGUCAUACCUACGACGGAAGACAGUACCUACGUGACCGGACCCGGGUCGGGAGGCGAUGCGGACACCCUUGUCAUCUUCUGUGUAGAUGUAUCUGGUAGCAUGGCUGUUACUACAGAGGUAUCUAGUGAAGUUUCUGUGCAAGGCAGGCGUAGUGAUGAACAGGUGGCCCUCCAGGCUUACCAGGAGGAGCUGGACGCGGCUGAGCAGAGGUCAAGGGUCGCCCACCAAGAGGCUCUCGAUGCCCAGAUGCUGGCUGACUACCAUGAGACCAUUGAAGGCCAGGUCCAAGCCUUAGCCCAGAUCCAGAUCGCAAGGACCGCAUCGACGGCAUCGUCCGUUGCACCAUCAACUCAAGCCACAGCACAGGCACCAGCCACACCCUCUGCCCCGCCCCCUACCCUCCCCCGUCCUGCCUCUGUGGUCGAUGGUGCCCAAGCUGGUAGGCAGAGAGAGCUGGAAGAGAGGUACAGCGCUGCACCCCAGAGGUCCCCUGCUGGCUCCCAGAAGCCUGCUGCACCCCCAAGGCCUGCUGCACCACCUCAGCCCAAGAAGCAUGUCUCGUAUGUCUCCAGACUUCAGUCCAUGCAGUCAGCAAUACAACAACAAGUUGACAAACUACGAGCAGAGAAUAGUCACAAGAGGGUCGGACUGGUAGCAUUCAACAACAAUGUGACGGUGAUCGGAGACGGCAGCCUUGAUCCAGUACCCCUAGAGGGCGCUGGUUUAACCGACAGAGAGAGCCUGAUCAGCCUCGGACAGAACUUCCCUCUUCCUGGUCCCAUAUCAGAGGUUCAUCGCUGUCUCACAGAAAAGAUAUACAGCCUCACAGAGAGUGGUCAGACCGCUUUAGGCCCCGCCCUCCUCAUCGCCAUUUCCAUGGCAGCGCAGAAGCCGGCAAAGGUCAUCAUGUGCACCGACGGAUCGGCCAACGUCGGGUUGGGGGCCCUCAACGACAUGGACAACGACGCGGCCUAUGAACAAGCAGCGGCCUUCUAUGACGAGGUCGGCAACUUUGCCCGCGAUUCCGGAUUCACAGUCUUGAUGUGUAUGUUAUUUUAUUUGUUGGUUCUUUCCAGUGUAUGUGUUUCAGUGCUAACGCUAGAAGGAGAGGACUGUAGGGCUAUUGAGCUUGGGAGUGUAGCGGACAAGACAAGAGGACAGGUGAGCAUCGUUCAACCCAAUGAUCUCAACCAGCAGUUUGCAGACAUUCUAGCUGACCCAGUCCUAGCAACCAAUGUUUCAGCUAAGAUGGUCCUCCACAAAGGCCUGUUUUUGAAGGAUGGUGAGAGCGACAACCCAGAAAGCCAAGCAACCCAUAACGUUGGGCUUGUGACAGCCGACUCAGAGACUACUUUUGAGUUUGGAGUGAGGAGAAAAGAAGUGUUAUAUGACAACUUUGGUGGAACUACAGUUGUGGAGAGAGUGGAAGAAGAGCCGAUCUACGAGAGCGUGGCCCAGACCAUGAUUGAAGGUCUAGAGAAGCUGCCGUUCCAGGUCCAGAUCCGCUACACAGGCCGUGACGGUCUGGACUACCAGAGGAUCCUAACCAUGGAUAGGCCUGUCACCAAGGAUAGGAAGUUUGCUGAACAAAAUGCUAAUGUUGGUGUGAUUGGAGCCCAUGCGGCUCAGUCUGCGGCCAAGCUGGCCGUAGAGGGCGCCUACGCCGAGGCACAGAUUAACGCCAUCAUCACCCAGAAGCUUGUACAGAGAUGCACGCAACCAGAGGAAGGUCAAGAGCCGGAGCAGGAGGGCAUCUAUCAAACGUUCUUAGCCAACAUGGCUCCCAUCAAUUCUGAAAUUACCCGUGCUCAUCAGCAAGAGUGGGAUGCUGGUGAAUACAUGGAGCUUGAAACAAGGAGCGAGGAAGAGAGCGAUGAGGACGAGGUUCCCUUGGUAACCAAGAACAAGAAGAAGAUGAGCAAGAAGAUGAAGAAUCGUCGCAAGAACGUUUCCGACCGGCAGGCCAGUGUCUUCUAUAGGAUGAAAGGAGCGACUACAAAGAUGUUCAAUAAACAGACCUACGACAUGGCAGAGGUGGUAUAGUUGGGACCUGCUGGGAAAGGGUCCUGUGUAGAAUAGUAGGAGACAAUAACAUAUGGCGUGAACCCUCCUUUUACUGGCAAUUUCUAUCGAUUUAGUGGGAACAAGGAUUUAUGUCUUUCGGUCAACCAGGGGGGUGUUUCACAAAGAUCUAAAGUUAAAGUUAACUCUAACCUGGACUUAAAUAUUAUGGAGAGCCAUUUGUAGCU